GGGAGGUCCCUGGCUGGAGUGGUGGCUAUAGGAGCCCAGAGAAAGGGCACCAUCUGCUUUCACUCCCAGCUGGGUGCACCCUCAGCUCAUGUCUCAACUUGCCGGGUGCCGGCCCCGCCCUUCCUCACCCAGUGGGUACUCCGGAGUCCAGCCCAGCUUGGAGCGUACUGUAGCGUCCAGGGACCUCCCCAGCACCACAGGACUUGGAUGUUCCAAGGACACGGAUGGCGACAGUGGGGCCGCGGACCGGGCCCAAUGCAGGGGCCGAAGCGCUGGCUCUGGCCGCAGAGCUCCAAGGAGAGGCGACCUGCUCUAUCUGCCUAGAGUUUUUCCGGGAACCCGUGUCGGUCGAGUGCGGCCACAGCUUCUGCCGCGCCUGCAUCACGCGCUGCUGGGAGCGUCCCGGAGUGGGGACCGGCACGGCGACCCGCACGCUGCCCUGCCCACUGCCUUGCCCUCAGUGCCGGGAACCCGCGCGCCCCAGCCAGCUGCGACCCAACCGACAGCUGGCCGCGGUGGCCUCUCUACUUCGGCGCUUCAGCCUGCCCCCGGCCGUCGUCGGAGAGCGCGGGACCCCUGCGGUGGCAGCCGGGGCGGCGGCUGCUCGGUGUUCGCAGCACGGAGAGCUGCUGAAGCUCUACUGCCAAGAUGACGGACGUGCCAUCUGCGUUGUGUGCGACCGCGCCCGAGAGCAUCGUGCGCACGCCGUGCUGCCACUGGAGGAGGCGGUGCAGGAGGCCAAGGAGCUGCUGGAUUCCAGGCUGAGGGCCUUGAAGAAAGAUCUGGAAGAGUAUGAAGUGUUCCGGUCUACAGAGGAGAGGGAAAGCAAGGAGCUUCUGAAGCAGAUGGCAGCAGAGAAAGAGAAGGUGGGGGCAGAGUUCCAGGCACUGCGAGCCUUUCUGGUGGAGCAGGAGGGCCGGCUCCUAGGCCGGCUGGAGGUGCUGUCCCGGGAAGUGACCCAGAAGCAGAAUGAGAACCUGGCCCAGCUCGAGGGUGAGAUCACUCAGUUGUCCAAACUCAGCAGCCAGAUCCAGGAGACAGUUCAGAAGCCGGACCUAGACUUCCUCCAGGAAUUCAAAAGCACACUAAACAAGUGCAGCAGUGUGCCUUGCUCCAAGCCAACCACGGUCUCAUCUGAGAUGAAGAAUAAAGUGUGGAAUGUUUCCCUCAAGAGUUUCGUCUUAAAAGGGUUACUGAAGAAGUUUAGAGAGGAUCUCCAGGGAGAGCUGGAGAAAGAGGAGAAAGUGGAACUCACUUUGGACCCAGAUACAGCCAACUCCCGCCUCAUCUUGUCCCUGGAUCUAAAGAGUGUGCGCCUAGGACAGCGUGCCCAGGACUUGCCUAACCAUCCCCGCCGCUUUGAUACCAACACCCGCGUUUUGGCAUCCUGUGGUUUCUCCUCUGGGCGACAUCACUGGGAGGUGGAAGUGGGCUCCAAGGACGGCUGGGCCUUCGGUGUGGCCCGAGAGAGCGUGCGUCGCAAGGGCCUCACGCCCUUUACCCCUGAGGAGGGUGUCUGGGCAAUGCAACUCAACAAUGGGCAAUACUGGGCUGUGACCAGCCCUGAGAGGACGCCCCUCAACUGUGGGCAUCUGUCGCGGGUGAGGGUGGCUCUGGACCUGGAGGUGGGGGCGGUGUCCUUCUAUGCAGUGGAGGACAUGCGCCACCUCUACACCUUCCGUGUCAACUUUCAGGAGCGAGUGUUCCCCCUUUUCUCUGUUUGCUCCUCUGGUACCUACUUGCGAAUCUGGCCUUGAAGAGCUGUCCUAGGAGGGGACAGGGCAGCCUGCAGGGAGCUCUCCUCCAUAAGACAGAGGACCUUCCUUUCCCCAUACCCCUAACCCAGGUUGCCCUAGCGGGCUGUCACAACCAGAGGCACUGAAGAUUGACUGGGAAAAGAGACGCUGUGGGGUAACUCACUGCACAAAGAAGACAUGCUUUGGACCCUUGGAGCCUUCUCCCUUCCUGUAUUGUUCCUGCACGUUGUAUUUGAACUAUGAAGAAGUGGACACCCACAAAGACAAAAAGCCCAGCUCUUAACAACGGUGCUUCAAACCACAAAAGCUUGAUUUAGAAGGGUCCUUGUGCACAGAGAACAAUGUCGAAGGCUGAUACCCUUGCAAAGGGUGUACUUUGACCCUCAACCGGUCAGGUUAUUACUUUAUAUUUGUGGCAGCUGCAGGCUCUGCCUGGAGAGGUCAAUGAGUCCUCCGAAAUCAGCUGGCCAGGCUGGGUUGUUUAUUUAGGGAGUAACAUUGUAGCUCCAGGCUCAGAAGCCAGUCUGACUAGAUCUGUAAGGAAACUCUUGACCUAUACACAAGGCCUGGACAACAUUGUACACAUAUACCUGCAUUGCUGUUCUCCAGCACCCCCUAGCCUGAUAUGAUGAUUAUCUGAGACUGGCAACGUGUGUGGUCACAUUUUCCAUCAGUGUAUAGUCUCCUUUGGAUAAGGAGAUUAAAAGGUUUUGGAAUUAUGAAACACAAGUUGAUAUUUGGGUUGAUAUUUGGGACUUUACAGAUGCAACUAACUAGCACCAGUUUGGAGAUGCACACAGCAUAAACACAGCCCUGACAAACUCUUUCUGGAAUUUAGUGACUCUAUGCAAACAGCAGAGCACCCUGGUGGCGGGGAUUGCUGAGCCUCCACUAUGGAUACAAAGCUGGGCUUCUGGAAGGGCAGCAGUGUGCUUGCUGCUCCCUUCGGAAGGGGCAGAGUGGAUGGAAAUACAGAUUUUGAGCACAAUUCU